AUGAGCAACAAGAUUUAAAAGUAGUACGAUAAUUUUGAGGCUUUUGAGCAUUACUCAAAAAGCCAGGUACAAUUAUUUGAUUAGAGUCUUUUUAGUAAUUUUUAAUUGCUUUUAGAAUGGAAGAAGCAUUAUUUGAAAUUGAUAAUGCUUUGAAUCUUGAUCCUAAAUUUGCAGAAGCCUACACCUUAAGAAGUUAAAUCUUUUAAAUUUAAAUUUAGGUGAAAUAUAUGAAAAAAUGAAUGUAUAUGAUAAAGCAUUGGAAAAUGUGAAUUUUAGCAUAUCUUUAAAAAAUAAUGACACCGAAAGUUAUUAUUAAAGAGGUAUAAAUUCAAUCUUAUAAUUUAAGCAACAAUUUAUUGGAGAAAAUAAUUAUUUGACCAAGCAUUAUAAGAUUGUAUGAAAUGUAUUGAGAUUAAUAAAGACUUUUCGAUGGGCUACUGCAGAAUGGGUAGUAAAAUUAUAAUAAGUUUUUAGGCACUAUUAUGAAAGAUUUGAAAUAAAAGAAUAAUGAACUUAAAUAUUACAAUUAAGCUAUAGAAAAGGAUGGAAAUUGUUUUUAAGCAUUUAUUUGUAGAGGUAACAUAAAAUUUAUAUUAUUAGGGCUUUAUUAUAUGGAUGAACAAAAGAUUGAUUAUGCGCUAAGUGAUUUCAAUUCAGCUAUUGAAAUCAAUCCUAAAUAUUGUUUGGCUUUUUAUAACAGAGGUUAAUUCUAAUAUACAAAUAUACAAGGAAAUUUAUUUACUGUUUGUGAUGAGAUAGAAAAUGCAUUAAAUGACUAUAAUCAAGCAAUCCAACUUGAUCCAAAAUUUGCAAUUGGCUAUUUUAGUAGAGGUGAAUACAAUAUCACUUAAUAUUAGGAAUUUUAUAUGAUGAUAUUGGUGAAAUAGAAAAAGCAUUAAAUGACUAUAAUUAAGCAAUCCAACUUGAUGUUAAUAAUGCGAAGGCCUAUCACAAUAGAGGUAAGAAUUAUCAUACUUAAUAUAUUAGGAAUAUUGUAUGAUAAUAUUGGUGAAAAGGAAAAAGCGUUAAAUGAUUUUAAUCAAGCAAUCCAACUUGAUCCAAAUGAUGGAACAAUCUAUUACAAUAGAGGUGAAAUCUAUAACACUAAUAUAUUAGGAAUUUUAUAUGCUGAUAUUGGUGAAAAAGAAAAAGCAUUAAAUGACUAUAAUUAAGCAAUCCAACUUGAUCCAAAUGAUGCCUUGGCCUAUACUAAUAGAGGUGAAUAUAAUGUCACUUAAUAGUUUAGGAAUUUUAUAUGCUCUAAUUGGUGAGAAAGACAAAGCAUUAAAUGACUAUAAUCAAGCAAUCCAAUAUGAUCCAAAUAAUUCAAUUGCCUAUUAUAAUAGAGGUAAAUAAUAUUACACUGAAUAUAUUAGCCAUAUAAUAUUAUAAUAUUGGUCAGAAAGACAAAGCAUUAAAUGACUAUAAUCAAGCAAUCCAAUAUGAUCCAAAUAAUUCAAUUGCCUAUUAUAAUAGAGGUAAAUAAUAUUACACUGAAUAUAUUAGCCAUAUAAUAUUAUAAUAUUGGUCAGAAAGACAAAGCUUUAAAUGACUAUAAUCAAGCAAUCCAAUUAGAUCCAUUUUUUUAUAAUGCCUAUAAUGGAAAAGGUGUUAUCUCCAUAUUAAAAUUUUAGGUGUUGCUUUAUAGAAUUUAAAAUAAUAUCAACAAGCAAUAAUCUGCUUUGAUCAAGCGAUUUCACUUGCUCCAAAUUAUGUUAAUGCUUACUUUAACAAAGGUUUUAUGUUAACUAUAUUUUAGCAAAUUCUUUAGAAAAAUUGAACCAAUACUCUUAAGCCAUUAAAACUUAUUAAAUAGCUUUGAUAUUAAACCAUCCUUCUUAAAAUUAUAUUAUUUAAACAAUCCAAUUGCUUAGAGCAUAAUUAUGA